GUACAGACGACCACGGUGGUAACGUGACUUUAGUUUUACCCUGAGAUUCACAUACCCUACAGUGACUUUAUAGAGACAGUGUGGUCAUAUGGUGGUGUUAUUUUCUAUUGGUAGUUGGGAGACCCGCCAUGUUUUGGCCAAAUACACCGGAUUGGUAGACAUUAACCUGGAAAUUAUCUUGCGGGACACAUGACAGCAUUAUUAAAACCAUAGCAAAAUCUACUAAUUUGGUUAAACCAAUCGGCUCAAUUAUAAAUUGGAGAAGACAUGGUCGACAUGGUGCAUUAUGGCCACACUGUCUUUAUACAGUCGCUGUAACAUACUACUACAGUACCCCCCUGUCCGUGACUACCCAUUUUGUAUGGAAACUUAGGACGAAUAGCAGUCUAUGUGCUGUCUGGUGCACUGACAUAAUCAUAUGACAAGUCAGACACCUGUCAAUCUGUGACUUUGACGAGUAAAACACAAGCUAGUAUGCCAAUAUGGAUGGUCAAAACCUUCGAAAUGUACCUCAACCUCCACCCUUACCGAAUGUCCAACAACAAUCGAACCAACAGGAGCAAGUACUUCAUCAGCAACCACUUACCUACAGACAAUUAUCGCAACACAGAUUUGGUCGACGUAUGAGCGAUAUCAUUUCUAGACCCAUCUCACGUGGAUACCGCAGACUAUCUGAAGACAUCACAAAUCUGGUUCCGAGACCGAGCAUUCUGCUACCCACCCUUAAGGAUUCUGAAAAGAAAUUUUUCGAUAUGGUAGCAUACGGUGACGUCGUUGUUGUACAAAAAUAUCUAGAAGAGAAUCCAGAUUUUGAAAUCAACUGUACGAAUUUCCAAGGUAUAUCCGCCCUUCACGUCGCAGUGCAAACCAACAACGAGCCUAUGGUGGAACUUUUACUGUCACAGAAAAAGAUUGAUAUCGGGGACUGUCUCUUGUACGCCAUUAGGGAGAAUCAUUUGAAAAUUGUUGAACUAAUACUUGAAAAAUUAAGCCAAACCAUGCAUGGUUUAGAGUACAUGGGGGUCACUCACAGUUCGGACUUUCCCGAUCACGUUACACCUUUAAUUUUAGCUUGCCAGUGCGGACACUACGAGAUUAUCAAACUGCUGGUUAACAGGGGGCACCAGAUCAGUAAGCCUCAUUCUCCGGAUUGUUUAUGUGGCGAAUGCAAGAUGAGAUACGAAAGUGAUGACCUUUUGCAUGCCGAAACGUAUCGAUUGAACUUGUAUAGGGCUGUCACGAACCCCGCUUACAUAUGCCAUUCGUCAGCUGAUCCGAUUUUAACAGCAUUUCAGUUGUCUUACGAGCUCAGGCGGUGCGCUAAACUUGUGAUUGAGUUUCGUGCAGCCUACGAUGAGUUGGCCGAGGAUGUCAGUAUGUUUGCUGUUGAUCUUAUAGGAUGCUGUAGAAGUACCGAAGAAAUGGAGCUAAUACUUCGGCAAAGAAACGGAAUGGUUUACGCUGGUCAAUACUGCUUUCCGCGUCUUGUAUUGGCGAUAGAUUACAAACAGAAGGCGUUUGUUGCGCACUCAAACGUGCAGCAGAUCUUAGAAACCGUGUGGCAUGGUGAUUGGUACGAAUGGAGAUUAAAGCCAUGGAUCGUACGGCUAGGAUAUCCAUUUUAUAGAUUGGUAAUGUUGCCAGUGAUUAGUUUUAUGAGCUUGGUGGCCCCACGUAAUUCAAUGGUUGCGCAUUGGAGUAUUCCCCUCAACAAAAUGAUCAGUCACAAUGCCUCGUUUAUUUUAUUUUUAAUUCUAAUAUUCUUCGAGUCGAACUUGGACAAGUCCGCCCAGAAGAGGGCUCCGCCAAAUUCCGGUUUAGAACCGGUUAUUAUUGCUUACGUUGUCGGAUACAUUUGGAGCAGUUUUAGAUUGAUGGCACUCGAAGGACCUUGGCGCCAUUUUAAACAACUGUGGAAUUGUCACAACUUAAUCAUGUACUUCCUCUUCGUCUGCACUUUCAUGCUUUGGCUUGCCUCGUUCCUCGAUCAGAAAGCAAACGACCAAGCGGAUUUGGAGAGAAAAUAUUGGCACGAGCUGGACCCAGUGCUGUUAUCCGAAGGGACAUUCGCCAUUGCCACCAUAAUGGCGUACUUUAAGCUUUUGUAUUUGUGCAGAUUGAACUACUACAUGGGACCCUUGCAGAUUUCAUUGGGAAAAAUGAGCGCGGACAUUGCCAAGUAUAUUGGAAUGUUUACAAUCGUAAUCAUAGCGUUCACUGUUGGAUUGUGCAACUUUUAUCAGUAUUAUGCGGGAAUGGUCCAAACUGACGAAAGUUCUGGUUUAAAGACAGCACAGCAGGCAUCAUUUGUCGACUUUCGUUCAACACUAAAGACGCUAUUUUGGGCGUUAUUUUGCAUGUCUGAUAUAACAUCGGCCGAUGUCAUUAUUGAGAACUUGCCAGGAGAAACCGAAGGGACGACAAUAACAAACACGCAUACAUUCACAGAGGCCGUUGGAUACAUAGCUUUCGCACUGUUCGAAGUGCUCACAGUCAUAAUUCUGUUAAACAUGCUAAUUGCUACAAUGUCGAACACUUUCCAACGUGUCAACGAUAACACGGACGUAGAAUGGAGUUUUGGCAGAACGGAAUUCUACUUGGAAUACAUUCUUCAAACCACUCUUCCAUCCCCGUUGAACUUAAUUCCGACUGCAGAUGGACUCCUAGGCGUUGUAGAUUGGUUACAAGCACUUGCCAAAAGUCAACCGGGAAAAUCGGCCCGCUUCACAUUGGGACAUUGUUGCUACCUUGAGAAUGAAUUGGACGAUCAAAGCACACGAGGAUUCCCGCUGCUAAUGACUCAGUUAGUUCAAAGGUACUUUAGGCAGAAGGACGAGACAGCCGAUAAUUCCAACGUAGACCUGGAAAGUAUAAAGCAAGAAAUCAGCGAAAUUAGACAAAUGCUUACAGAUUAUUUUGAUCGUAAUUAUAAAUAG